GCGCGGCUGAGCUGGAAUGCAUUGACGUAAGAGCAGGCGCGCUUGUGCGCUCGAGCCCGAGGUGAGCGCUCGAGCACUGCAGAGACAGUGACGAGCUCAACAACAUCUCAGUCAACAUCUCUCUCAUUCUGCUGCAGCCGGACCGAGAGAGUCUCGGCGGAUUCGUUGGCCAGCAUAAGGAGAACGGAUACAUCGGUCGGUUAAAGAACCUUUUGGACAGAAGAGAAGGAGGCGGAUGAAGAGAUAAACAGAUAAACAGCAUUAGUGUCGCUGAGGUGAUGUCUCACUAGAACUGCAUUCGCUUCCAUCGCCCCGUAACUGCACACCGCGCCGCACCUCCGAUUCGAGAUGGCCGCCACAAAGAGCGGCUCCGAGGGCAAAAUCGCCGGUCUCUACGAGUUGGAUCGUACACUAGGGAAAGGCCACUUUGCUGUUGUGAAACUUGCACGCCACGUUUUCACCGGGCAGCUGGUGGCUGUAAAAAUCAUCGAUAAGACCAAGCUGGACAGCAUGGCCAUGGGUCACCUGCUGCAGGAAGUGCGCUGCAUGAAGCUGGUACAGCACCCCAAUGUGGUACGUCUCUACGAGGUGAUUGACACACACACCAAACUCUACCUCAUCCUGGAGCUGGGUGACGGCGGAGACCUCUACGACUACAUCCUGCGGCAUGAAGGUGGAGUCGCCGAGCGCACCGCCAAAGUGCACUUCGCUCAGAUCGUACGAGCCAUCGCGUACUGCCAUCGACUGCACGUAGUGCACCGAGACCUGAAGCCCGAGAACGUCGUGUUCUUCCGCCAGCAAGGGACCGUCAAACUCACCGAUUUUGGCUUCAGCAACCACUUCCAGCCCGGAACCAUGCUCGUCACCAGCUGUGGCUCACUGGCCUACUCAGCUCCGGAGAUACUGCUGGGAGAAGAGUACGAUGCCCCUGCUGUGGAUAUUUGGUCUCUGGGUGUGAUUCUCUACAUGCUGGUGUGUGGACGCCCGCCAUUCCAGGAGGCCAACGACAGCGAGACUUUGAUCAUGAUCAUGGACUGUCGCUACACCGUCCCGGAACACGUCUCUGCGGAGUGUAAAGAUCUGAUCUCACGGAUGCUGCAGCGAGAUCCAUCUAAACGAGCCCCUCUGCUAGAGAUCGAGUCUCACCCCUGGCUGCAGGGGGUCGAUGCGUCUCCGUCGCCCGUUUCCCCUCACUGCAGCCUCUCUCCUCAGGAGCACGAGCUCAUCCUGCAGGCCAUGAGCUCCGGAAACAUCGCUGACAGAGACACCAUACAGGAAGCCUUGGAGGCUGACCGUUAUAAUCACAUCACAGCCACGUAUUACCUGCUCGGAGAACGCAUCCUGCGGGACAAACCGGAGUCGAACGGUCUCAAUCCAGAACAAAGACAGACACAAAGGCCCUUUUCAGAGCCUCUAGACCUGGUGGAAGGCCGGAGCCCUCAGGCGGAUGUUCUCAGAGACGCUUCUUUGGCUCCUGUCACCCAGUUGGGUUCUGCGUCUCCAGGUUUCUCCCGACGGGGAGUGUGUGAGUCUGGAGACCUGCUGGCUCCCAAAUCCAGCCGUCAGGACACAUCCUUCAGUGACUUUGGCAGUCCCGGUUCAUGCCUAGGUCUCAGUUUCCGCUCUGUACCUCCAGACCCACCUCCAGUGGUCAAAAGUCUUAGAGCUUUGCAUCAAAUUUGUGAAGAAGAGGAGGAAGAAGAGGAGGAAGAUCAACCUGUUACACAGUGUAGCAAAGCGAGCCCGGUACCACCAGCAGCACCCCCUUUGGACACGUCUCCCAGACACUGUGAACUAUCAAAAGCUCUAAGUGUCUCAGAGAAGCUUGGGGGAAGAGGACAGGAAAAGAGCAAGGGACAUGAGUUUUGUGAAGCACAGGACGAGGAGCUUAAAGGAGACGCAGAGACAGUCACAGAGAAGAGUCAAGAGGAUGUCACCAGCAAAACAGCAACAAACAACGAGGAGACGGCAUCCCAGAUAGAGAAGCACUCAUAUAUAAUUAAAGAUAAGCAACAGAUGGACCAAAGCCUUCAGAAAACCAGUGGAGCGCUACAAGCAGCCCGUGUUGAGAAGGAACACACCAAGGAUACCAGGAAAGAAGGAAAAGCCCCUGACACAGCAGUGAAUGAGAGACAGAAGGACCAUAAGCAGCUAAUUGAGCCUCCAGGAACUGGCAGGACUGAGGAGAAAAAUCAAACCGAAGAAUCAGACACAGCUAAACAUAAAGAGCAGAACCUGAGUCUCCUGAAUCUGGCUGAACCUCCGUCAGUAGCGCACACUGACGCCGACACGGAGGAACCAGGGAAAUCAGUAAAAGCCUCAGAUAAAGCAAAAAGUGAAGCACUGAAUGACCCUCAGAAGAUAGACAGAUGUUCACCAGUGGCUAGGACAGAAAAGACUCAGGCUGAGGACCCAAGCAAAGCACGGAAAUCUUCAGACAGUGCUGACGAUGAGAGAAAGAAGGACCAUCAGAAGAAAGCUGGACCUUUUCCAGCAGCAGAGAUCGUAGAUAAAAACCAAUUUAAAGAACCCCAAAAAACAGGACGAGCCACAGACAAAACAGAAGAUGAGGGUCAUAAGACUCAGAGUCUUCAGAAGCUAGACAGAUUUCAAGCACCACCAAGACUUGAUCCUGUGCAGUGUUGCUGGGGCCAGAGCGAACUCUCAAACGAUACACUAGAAGACAACAACAACACCCCGUCCAAGCCGAGGCUGCUCGACACCAGUGUCGUUUCAGCUCCCUGCGUUUCUCCACGAUUCCUACCCAAAAAUCAUUGCGUGGACCUGAGACCAGACGGGGUCGAAACCCGUAAGGUGCCCGGAGAAGCCGAGAGGACGGAGGAGACGUAUGGCAAACCUCAGCAGGAUCAGCAGGGAUCCAGGGAUGCCAGCACAGACUCCAGCAAGAACAAGAACGUGAAUCUGCGAGAGCGUCUGCUGCAGUUCCCACUCUGUGAGAAAGCUCUGUCGUUCAACAUCCAGCCAACAUCCAAAGAAAAGCUGCUUCCCUUUGCUCAGUAUAACUGCUGCCAUGUGCUAUAGGGGAGACAUCCGAAGCUGUCCAGACCUUUUUGGCAUUCCACAAAGCUUGUCAACAGAGUUCCUGCUUUUCUUCCCUCUUUCCCAGUAAUGGGUUUUUAAAAGACACAGCACUUGUCCUUGUCUCUUACUGUGAUCUUGGAGGUGCUUUGGCCACACACACACACACACACACACACACACACACACACACACACACACACACACACACACACACACACACAAACACACACAGAGCCACAUCUAUUCACUGUAAACCCAUAGCUUCCCAUGCCCUUUACCCAGCAUUCCCUGCUGCUUUCCUGUGUGGUGACUAACGUCGUAGCGCUGCUGUGUAUAUAGAUAUCUAAUCCCUAUCUACUUGCGAUUUGUCCGAUCUCAGUGACCUUUUAUCAGAACUAGCGUAUGUCUCGGGAGUAUAUGAGCCCCGUGAAUUGUUUUUCACCGUAGCAGCUUCUUUAGAGCAGAGCUUUACCUAAAGAGAUCUGAAGCAUCAAGCGACACACAUACGUAGGGCAAAUGUUAAAGCAAUGGUAUGAGCGAAAAGCUCACGCUCGUAUGAAAAUGAAACAAUAUCCAAUAAAGAAAGAGAAAAUAUUGCAAUCAUAUCUGAGCGAGCACUUGUAGAACCACUGCUCCAGCGGCACAUAACUUACCGCAGUCCGUCCUGUCCUUAGAGUUAUAGCAUACAGCGUACCGGAAUACAAGUGGUCGAUUUCAUCAGUUAUCUACGUAGAUGCUAUAAUUGCAAUACAUUAUCUGAUAUAUCGUUGUCUUUCAUGGGGUAGUUCAUGGGAGAUGAAUAUUUACGAUAUGGCCACACCCGUACAAAACCCGGCACCUUUCAUUGUAUUGCAUCGAAACAGCUUUAAAUCAUUAGAGUUAAACCCGUCACUGGAUCAUUCACCACUAAGUUCAGAUGUAAAUCGGACGACCUCACGUAGAUCCGUGCACACGAAACAAAAAUAUUAACUGAGAGCUACUAGGGUUUAUGAACUCUUGAUAAACAGGACUAAUAACUGUAUAGUUUGUUGAGUCUGGUACGGAGCUAGAUUUCCUCAAAGCCUCGUAGCAUCACUAUCAGCUCAACGACAUACAGUAGGCGCUCGCUCGCCGUCACGACACGACACGACACGUGUCCCCCCCCGUUCCACAUGGCUGAGCGUGUGUUGGAUUUCAGGAUGCAUGAAAGACAUGCGACGCAUUUGAU